AUUCGGAGGACAAGACCCGAAGCACCAUCUUCAUCCUUUUGUCUUGGGUCAUCAAUGGAAGACCCGAGCAGAAAACCAUACACACAGAACUGUGUAGUUCCUUUCUUCUCAUUUUAGAUAGUGAGAGACACUACAAUGACUGUAGCAGCAGGAAUCGGGUACGCGCUGAUAGCUCUAGGACCGUCUCUCUCCCUCUUCGUUUCCGUAAUUUCCAAAAAACCAUUCUUGAUCCUCACUGUUCUCUCCAGUACACUAUUGUGGCUUAUAAGCUUAAUUGUGUUGUCUGGAAUAUGGAGGGGUUUUCUUCCACUGAAUACAACUGAAGUUUGGCCUUAUGGAAUACUCAUUUUCUCAUCUGUUGCAUUCCAAGAAGGACUUAGGCUUUUCUUCUGGAAAAUAUUUAAAAGGUUAGAAGAUAUUUUAGAUGCUUUUGCUGAUAGAGUAUCAAAACCACAUCUUUUCCUGACAGAUAAGAUGCUGAUUGCUCUUGCUGGUGGUUUGGGUCAUGGUGUGGCCCAUGCCGUGUUCUUCUGUAUCAGCCUAUUAACUCCCGCAUUUGGUCCAGCUACAUAUUUUGUUGAUAAAUGUUCAAAGGUUCCAUUUUUCCUUCUUUCUGCGGUUAUUGCUCUUGCAUUUGUCACCAUCCACACCUUUUCGAUGGUCAUUGCAUUUAAUGGGUAUGCAGAGGGGAACAAAGUGGAUAGUUAUUUUGUUCCCAUUGUUCACGUUGUUGCAGGAAUGGUGACAAUGGUAAAUUUGAUACCUGGGGGUUGCGCUGUUGGCAUUCCUUUCCUUUAUUUCACUGCGAUCUUGACCCUAAUUCAUUGUGGGAGGAUGGUUUGGAGAAGAUUGACAGAAAAUCCAAUCAGACCGACUCACUCAUAAAAAGGGUUUAUGGAAGUCUUAGUGAGAGAAGCUGAAGACCUUAGUUAUGUCCAGCACAACAAAAAAAGUAGUUAGAUUAGUUAAGGGAUCCAUGUUAACGCCUCACAAGUCGAAAUUUCACUUUGCAUUGGAUGUAGUUCCUUCCGAUUUUAAAAUUUAUACUAUGUGAAGUUGCUGUAUUGUACUAAGUCUGUAUAUAUAUGUUAUCACAUUGAAAUGAAACCAUCUAUUAAGUUGCACAAGGUAAAUGAGCAUUGUGUUUUCAAA